GAUUAAUUCAUCCGGGACCCGCUGCCUACGCGCGAAAUGGAGUCGGACUGAUUGCUUUCGACUGUUGAUUUGUUUGUGAUUGGUAACCAUGCAACUGCGGCAGAAGACCGGACACACGCCCCCUAGUGGUGGGAAGCUAAGCCGCAGGAAGGGAGGCGACUCCUUGGCUUCACACUGUAUCUCACGGAAGCGCAACAUGAAGUGUGAGCACAGUGCAGCAGAGGGAAGUCGUGACACUCCAGUGAAGAAGACGAAGGUUGAGAACGGCAUCAGUGGAACAAACACGAAUGGCGUGGACGCGCUCAUCACCUCGACCCCACACCGUACCAAGUCAGGCUUGAGGAAGAAAGCCGUUGUUCGAGACCAGGACAAGACACACAUCAAGGCCAAACCAGAACCAGGCAGUCCUCCCCGAACAACGCUCCUCGGAACAAUCUUCUCCCCUCUGUACCCCAACUACACCCAGGAUGAGACAGACCUGACGUCACCCAAGCAGGAGCUGGAGGAGAUUGCUAGGUCCCUCAUCCUUGACCUGACAUCGACGGAAGCCGAGUCAGACAGUGCUGCAUCUAGUAAGGAGAACGAGGACCCGGACAUGGACAACGGCGUGGAGUGUAAGGAGGCGUACACCGCCGAGAAGGUGAUGGAGGAGAACAACAACGGCAGCCUCGUCACCUACAACCCCGCUGUCCCCCCUGAGUGCAACACCUACACUGCCGCCCCCGCCCCCGUCCCCGCCCCCAACCCCGAGGAGAACCAGACUGAGGAGAACUACGAGUGGGAACAAGAACCUUACGAUCCCUACAUGAUCAUCCGCAGCUUGCCCCCCCUGACUGACGAGAUGCGGGUGCGAUCCCCAGCCUUGCCCCUCAAGACCAGAAGCUCACCUGAGUUUUCUUUAGUGCUAGAUCUGGACGAGACUUUGGUUCACUGUAGUCUGACGGAGCUGGAGGACGCAGCCUUCUCCUUCCCAGUGUUGUUUCAGGAUAUCACAUAUCAGGUGUAUGUGAGAACCCGACCGUUUUUCCGUGAGUUCCUUGAGCGAGUGUCACACCUGUUUGAAGUCAUUCUGUUCACUGCUUCGAAGAAGGUGUAUGCCGAUAAACUCAUGAAUCUACUCGACCCUGAUAAAAAGCUUAUCAGACAUCGGUUGUUCCGAGAACACUGUGUGUGUAUCAAUGGCUACUACAUCAAAGACCUGACGAUCCUUGGACGAGACUUGUCCAAGACGAUCAUUAUUGACAACUCCCCACAAGCCUUUGGGUACCAGUUGGACAACGGUAUCCCCAUUGAAAGCUGGUUUGUCGACCAGCGAGAUGACGAGCUUCUAAAACUGAUCCCUUUUCUUGAGAGUUUAGUGGCCCUUAAUGAAGAUGUAAGACCUUACAUUCGUGAACGCUUUCGGUUACACACUUUGCUGCCUCCCUAAUCCACCGGUGGAAGACAGGAGUUCUCUCCCUUUAAGAGAAAAUGGCACUUGUACAGACAUUGGAUGUUGGGUCGUCAUCAAUCGGGAUGUCAUUCUGUCAGGGGAGAAGUUAUUGUGUUCAACCUUUCUCUCCAAAAUUGUGCCUAUAGUAUUGUGUGGUUUAACCUAGUCAAUAAUUGGUCCCUUUUUUCACAAAACAAUCUCAGCUUCCAUCUCAUGUAGGAGCGUAGUCAUAGGGCAAGAACGUUGGACCCGUUCUUUUGUGAGGAUGUCAAAACUUCCUAACCACAGUGUUUAGAUUUGUAUACUUUUUGCUCCAAGUUCAAAUUAAUAAGUGUCAAUUUAAUAGAUUCAUCACAUUUCUAGGAAUAUAGAAAACUAUGAGCCUAGAGAUCGGAAUAUUUGUAGUGAUUCUUUAAGGUGAAAAAGUUAUAAUAAUUCUCUGACCUGUGACAUGAGUGUCCGUAGAAGACAAAAUAAUCUGAAUUUUAAAAGCUUCGAUAAGUAUAAUUAUUGUGUUCAGGGGAGAAUAACUCUCGUGAAGAAUGUCAUCCCGUUCUGAGGUAGCCCAUGCCAUGCAUUCUGUUGUCACACUUGACUUUCAAGAAAAGGACAAAAACAAACCCACUGUAUUUGUUUGUAAAUGUUUCUUGUUAAGGUUUCUCAUCAGUGAUUUUACUGUAGUUGUUUGUGAGAUAUUAAUAUAUAUUAUAUUUCUUGUACAAAACCACUUGAAACCCACUGUACACACUUACCUAGAUCCAGAAGUAUAGAUCAAUUUCUCUGUGCCGUCCAAUUUCACCGAGUCAAUUUUCAAAUUCAUUUCUUUAACAAAAGGCUGAGAAAUAUUCCGAAUUUGCUGCAAAAGCUACAGUUGUUUGUGUGUACACAGGGUGAACAUUUCUGUUAUUGUCAUAAACUUUUAUUUUUCUGAAAGAUGUUCAUUCAUUUCUGAGAAUGAAAAUGGUUAUUUUAGAGAGUCACUGUUAAACGUAUUGACUAUGUCUUGUCAGGGCUAAACUGUAUCUUAUUCAGGCCUUGAACAAGCAUUGGAUUUCUAUGAAAAAUAUGAGAAUAUUUGUUAGAUUUAAGAGUUAUACAUGAAAGGGUAUAUGGCACCUGUUUCGUCUCUUUGCUGACGUAGCAGACCCAGACGAAUUCUGCAGGUUCAAAUUACAAAAUUCUGCAGGUUCAAAUUACAAAAUUCUGCGGAAAGGUUAUCAAAAUUCUGCAGGUUCAAAUUACAAAAUUCUGCGGAAAGCUUAUCAAAAUUCUGCAGGUUCAAAUUACAAAAUUAUGCGGAAGACUUAUCAAAAUUCUGCAGGUUCAAAUUACAAAAUUCUGCGGAAAGCUUAUCAAAAUUCUGUAGGUUCACAUUACUAAAUUCUGCUGUAAAUGCAUAACUGUUUCCCCUAAAACUUAAUACAAACUUGUUUAUUACCGUAAAAUGUUUAAUCUCUUGCAUAUAGACAUUUCAAGACCUAAAAUUAUGCAAAUACAUAUGCAUAGUGUCUGAUAAUAAUUGUUGGUUCGAUGUAAAUAUAGUUUAUAUAGCCGUUAUACCACAAGAACAUUUUAAAGUGAGAAUGAUAUAAUUCAAAUUGUUUUAUUCUAGGAUUCAUAUUUUGUAUGUUUGAAUCACAUGAAUCUUUGAGCAUCGUUUGAGUGCAAAAUUAUUGAGAAGCUUGAAAAUAAUGAAAAUUAGAAGCUUGAAAACAAUGAAAAUUGGUGUAUUGAUUGAUAACAAGAGGCAAGUUUCACAAUUCUGCAGUAAGUUACAUUUUCUGCAAAUCGCAGAAUCCGUCUGGGACUGACUUAAGCCACAUUAAUGCUGUGUUGUUGACACUGUCAACUGUUCUAAAGAGUUGAGAAUUGAACUCAUAACCUGAGGUUGUACAUGUUAUUGGAAGUCAGCAUUGGAAGUCUUGUGAUGAUGUGAAGAUCAGGAUCCGACUAUGUUAUGGAUUUUCAAAAAUAAUUCUAUUCAAAAACAUUUUGGUUGAAAAGAAUCUUGUGACAAAUGAAAUCUUUUGUCGGUCACUUAUGGUCGGAUAUGAGAAACUGCUUGUUGAAAAAAAAAGAUAGUUUGUGCCUUAUGUACUCUGUGACCAUAGUCUAGUCAAUAACUUUUGACAUGGAAUGCGAAAAAAACCUGUUUCUCUUUGCCCCUUUCACAAUCAGAUGAUGUUAAAGAUUAGGUUCGGAGUAUCAAUAUGAAGACCAUUUUUACCUUAAAAGAUUUUUUUAAAGUCUUGAAUAUACAUGAUUACCAUGGAAUACACAACGCGAACGGUAAAUCUUCAUAUAUUUUUAAUCCAUUUUGACAUUGAAAUACCUAUUUCUGUAUUUAAAAUUAAUUUUUUUUUUCGAUAUCAAGUAUGAUUUACCUGUUAUCAUCAAGGAAGCGAUAUCUAUUUAUGCUUAGAGAUUGAUGUGUUAAGAAUUGAUAUCUUACCUUUUUAAUCUUUAUGGGCAGCGCAACUGUUUGUACUCCAUCCUUAUGGAUUUUGGUGUGUAAUGCCUCACAGCUCUGUUUCGUGUGAACAAGUAACUUUAGUGCUUUGUCAGCUAGAGGGCUGUGCAUUUUGUAUCAGUUUGGUUUUAAACCACUUUUUAUCGUUUUCAUGAUGUGAUGAAAUUAUUUAUUCUCAGCAAAUGAAAUAUUUCUCAUAGCAUCAUUUGUUCAUGUGUAUAAAUUUUAAGCGUACACCACAUUUUGCAUUGAGUCCUGUACAAUUUUUUUUGUGCCUAGUUAAUUUUGCCAGAAUUGUAAAUAUUUUUAGCAUUUCAACACUUUAUAGCUUCUUUCGUUUUAUACCGUCUUAGCUCUUUUGUUUGUUGAUGAUGAUAUGGAUUAUUUGUCUUCUGAAACUGCUGCCUUUCUUUAGAAAACUAGCUUUUAUUGAGUGCAUGGAAUUUGAUUUGAGUGUUGAUCAGGAACGACAAGCUUCUGAUCUUCCACUUGUUCUACGGGGGAAAGUCAUCAGUUGUUGUUCCUGGUCGGUGAGGAAUCAUAUGAGCAUUAGUGCAUUUUAGUCGGAAUGAAAGACUGAAGUAUACAGACUCUCCUUCCCAUUAAAAAAAUGUUCAAAUAAAAUUGUCUUGAUAUAGUCAUAUGUUACUCUACUAGUUACGUCAUCAAGGAGUAUGUUUAUUGCUUAUUUUAUUCAGCGAUUUUGUUACUUGUGUCAAAAUUGCUGUCAUUUUGAUGAAGAAAAAAGUUC